ACGCAUGUGACACCAGUAUCCUUUACAUACCGACUGUAUAUUAUUUUCCAUUUCCCACCACCACCUAUAUUGUCAAACACUAUUUUCCAAUGUUCCAACCAAAAACAGCAAAUAAUACACAACCAAACCAACCACAUCUCCCUCAUGUUCACGUUCACGCUUCCUCUUUUUCGCUCAAAUCAUUAAUUAAUUAUCAACAUAUACUAUCGCACUUCCUCUUUAACAUUGCAUCCACGCCAAAAUAUAUUACUUAUCAGUUUGUUUCAUAAGUUUCUUAAUUCAGAUUCAAAAAUAGUUCAACAUGCAAUUCAUCUUCCAACUAUAUCAUAUACAAUAAUCAGUUCAAGUGGUAUUAAUUACUCGAUAGUAGCAAGAAGAAGAAAGAGAGCGAGGAAGACGGUGUCGGUGACGGCGUAAACGGAAAGUAGUGUCAGUUUCCGUUUCUGUUUAUUUGUACGUGAUUACGUGGCGCGAGAGACUCGUGAUUGAAAAUGCCUCAUAGAGCAACUUACAUUUUCCCGCGUCAUUUUCCAGAGCGAGGAUUGGAUGAAUCAUCAAAAAAGCUAUUAGAUCACGAUAAGGACAAUAUCGUCAAUUCAAUUAAAUCUGGAAAUGAAAGCGACACGCAAACCAAAAAGUCACUUUCGUUUUCUACUCCUCCAACAACUAAACACGACGACGUCGUUUUCUCCUCCGGGAAACAUUCACAUUCCUCCGGCGAUAACAAACUCCGAAUCAAGCAAAAGCAAUUAACGGCUUUCUGUGAUUGGUUUGUCGACAAAAAACGAAAUCACUCCGGUCAUCAUACUCAUCAUCACUUCCGCCGCCGAUCAUCAAUCUCCGACGAUGAUCACGACUUUAAUCUUUCUCAGCCGGAGACAGUCGUUAAAGACACUGCAAUUGAUCGGAAUUUCGAUCGGCAGGUUUCGCUUCCGAGGUUAUCAAGCGAUAGUAGCUAUGCAGGAAGUUUGUUUUCCAGUGACAUUAAGGAGGAAGCGCCGUUGUCUCAAGUCUCCACCAUUACCACCGCCACAGUUAGGAGGCAGAAAGAGGAGGAAGAAAACAAAGACGCAUUGGUUAAGAAGUGUAAAGAAAGCUACAUCUUGCAGCAUACGUUAGCGAAGAGGUUGGCUUCUUUGGCAAGUCUCGUAACCGAACCAUUUCUCACUCCUGGCGCUGAAACUUGGGAUGCUGAAUCUGUUUCUUAUCGUCUUUGGGUGAGUGGGUGUUUGUCGUAUACGGACAAGAUAACUGAUGGAUUUUACAACAUACUGGGGAUGAAUCCAUAUCUGUGGGUGAUGUGCAAUGAUGAGGAGAAAGGCAAGCGGAUACCUAAUUUGAUGGCACUUAAAGCCAUUGAACCAGGCGAGACAUCUAUGGAGGUGGUGCUUGUCGAUAGAGAUGGAGAUUCUCGUUUAAAGAUGCUUCACGAUAAAGCUCAGGAGUUGUAUUGUUCUUAUGGGAACACCUUGGUGUUUGUCGAACAACUAGGGAAACUUGUUGCCAUACAUAUGGGAGGUAUAUUCCUGAUGGAGGAAGGAGAUCUCCACAAACGCUGGAAGUUGGUUAGUAAGAGGUUGAGAAAUUUUCACCAAUGUGUUGUGCUUCCCAUUGGUAGUCUAUCUUCUGGGCUUUGUAGGCAUCGAGCAAUUCUCUUCAAGAGAUUGGCUGAUUACAUAGGUUUGCCUUGUCGCAUAGCUCGUGGUUGCAAGUAUUGUGCUGCAGAUCAUAGAUCCUCUUGUCUAGUCAAGAUUAGAGAUGACAAGCAGCUUUUGAGGGAAUACGUAGUCGACCUUGUUGGGGAACUAGGAAAUGUACAUGGUCCAGAUUCCUCGAUCAAUGGAGCAUAUGCUUCUUCGAUUCCUUCGCCGUUACAAAUUUCUCAUUUUAUGGAAUUACAAUCACCCUAUAUGGAUGAUGAAGAAAGUUCUCAACCACUUAUUUGUUUCGACCAAAGUUCUUUUAAUCCUGAAACUCGUCCUUAUUCAGGUUGUGGACAGAAUGAUCAACAAGUUAUGGAAGCUGAUUUGUUGAAAGGUCAUCAGGGCUCCGUCUGUGCUUCAGUUGAUCAAACCUGUGAAAUAACCAAACCAAAUCUAAUUCCUUUUGGUUUAAAAGAGAAUGACGAGGAAUGUGCAGUUCUAGGUUCAAUUUUGCCUACCAUUCAUGAGAAUGUUGCUAAAGUUUUUCCUGCCACUGAAUCAUCAUUACAUGAAUAUCCAAGGUUUAGUGAAGAUACAGUUAUGGUACAAGAAACUUCCAACAAUGAGAUCAUCGUAACUGGAGGUUCUGUGGUAAAAAGUAUUGUCAAGCAAUGUAUACUUAGUUCGUCCUGCCAAUCAGAAUUCAAGCAGGUAGACAAUAUAAUUGAAAACAAGGACUAUUUACCUGAUGGGAGUAUUCCAAGAUAUGUGAAUCUUGAACCAUCGCUUGCAAUGGACUGGCUUGAGAUAUCAUGGGAUGAUUUACGGAUUAAAGAGCGUGUUGGUGCUGGCUCAUUUGGGACUGUGCACCGUGCUGAAUGGCAUGGAUCAGAUGUUGCAGUCAAGGUUUUAACAGUUCAGGAUUUCCAUGAUGAUCAGUUGAAGGAGUUUUUGAGAGAGGUUGCAAUAAUGAAACGAGUUCGUCAUCCAAAUGUGGUGCUCUUCAUGGGUGCAGUUACAACAAGCCCAAAUCUAUCAAUAGUGACAGAGUAUUUGCCGAGGGGUAGUUUAUACCGCCUGAUACAUAGGCCAUCAUCUGGUGAAAUUCUGGAUAGUAGGAGAAGAUUACGGAUGGCUUUGGAUGUGGCUAAAGGAAUGAAUUAUCUCCAUUGUCUGAAACCUCCAAUCGUGCAUUGGGAUCUCAAAUCACCAAACUUGUUAGUGGACAAAAAUUGGACUGUGAAGGUUUGUGAUUUUGGAUUGUCCAGAUUUAAGGCAAACACUUUCAUACCCUCAAAAUCUGUUGCCGGAACACCCGAGUGGAUGGCCCCAGAAUUUCUUCGCGGAGAACCUUCAGAUGAGAAAUCAGACAUAUUCAGUUUUGGAGUUAUCCUGUGGGAGCUUGUGACCAUGCAACAACCAUGGAGUGGACUUAACCCUCCCCAGGUGGUCGGAGCUGUUGCUUUCCAGAAUAGGAAGCUUGCUAUCCCUCCAAACAUCUCCCCAGCAUUGGCCUCACUCAUGGAAUCUUGUUGGGCUGACGAUCCUGCUCAACGCCCAUCUUUCGGUAGCAUAAUUGAGUCAGUAAAGAAGCUGCUGAAGUCUCCAGCAGAGGUGAUAAAAAUGGGUGAUACGCACAAGCCAUAAUUGGUUUUCUUGUUACUGAAAUUCGUCGCUCUUAUAUGAAAAGGUCGGUGGAAUGGUGGUCAUAUAUUAUAUGAAUGACAGAACCUUGGUUGUUUGCAACUGUAUAUUGUAAAUUAAAGGCUCAAAUAAGUGUUGCCUGUAUCUUAUUAUGGGGUUCCCUAGCGUCUGAACAUGUCUAUAAAUAAGCUCCUGACUUCAAGCUCUUUUAUCAGUUUAUGGAUAGCUUGAAGUCUAAAAUAUUGGAGGGUGUAUAUAUGUUUCUGUAACAGUUCCUAAAAUAAUGUUUUAUCAAAUUUGCAAUGUGAUCAUUUGGAUUUUGGAAAGUGCUGCACAAAAAAGUUUUUUUUGAAAGUAAUAUUCCAAAAGUAAAAUAAUAGUCCUUUUGGAAUAUUUCUAUAAAGUUUUAGCGUGGAUUUAUCCCAUAGAAGUUAAAAGUAAUUUGUUCAAUUAAAAACUUUCAUUUAUCUUUUGCUCAAUUGUAUUAAUAGAUGCUGAUCAAGCACAAGACGUCCAAAGCUCAGAAUUGAGAUAUCCCAUGUCCGAACUAUAAUGAAGAAUUUGUUGAUUCUAAUGCA